AUGGCAUUGGAUAGAUUGGACUUGACAGUUGUCAUUGUAUUGGCAGUUGCAGUUACUGUAUACUUUUUAAAGAGUCAAUUUUUUACCAAGCCCGAAUCUAGUGGGUUUUUACACACAGACACUGCUGGAGGCAAUUCUCGUGAUAUUUUGGCAACAUUGUCGAAAAACAACAAAAACACGUUACUCUUGUUUGGGUCUCAAACAGGUACUGCUGAAGAUUAUUGUAACAAGAUGUCUCGUGAAUUGAGUGCUAGGUUUGGUUUAAAGACUAUGGUUGCUGAUUUUGCUGAUUAUGAUUGGGACAAUUUUGGUGAUAUUAAAGAUGAAACUUUGGUGUUUUUCAUUAUGGCAACUUAUGGUGAAGGUGAACCGACUGACAAUGCCAUUGAAUUUAUUGACUUUUUGGAUAAUGAGGCAGAUACGUUGAGUGCUUUGAGAUAUACUGUUUUUGGAUUGGGUAAUUCCACUUAUGAAUUUUUCAAUGCUAUUGGUAGAAAAAUCGAUCAAAAAUUGGAAGAAAAAGGGGCCGAAAGAUUUGCUGAGUAUGGAGAAGGUGAUGAUGGCCAAGGAACUAUGGAUGAAGAUUUCCUUGCUUGGAAGGACGGUGUUUUUGAUUCUUUAAGAAAUAAUUUGGAUCUUGAAGAAAAAGAAUUGAAGUAUGAACCAAGUUUAAAAUUGGAAGUUAGGGAUGAUUUAACUAUUGAUGAUCCUUCAGUAUCUUUGGGUGAACCAGAUAAGUCAUAUGUUAACACUAAAGCUGGUACUGAUUUAUCGAAAGGUCCAUUUGAUCAUUCUCAUCCUUAUUUGGCUCCUAUAACCAAGGUGAAAGAGUUGUUUUUUACCAAGGAAAGAUCUUGUGUUCACGUUGAGUUUGAUCUUUCUAAUUCUAAUUUGAAAUAUACUACUGGUGAUCAUUUAGCAAUUUGGCCGUCCAAUGCCAACGAAUAUGUUGAGCUUUUCUUGAAAGCGUUUGAUUUAACUGAACAACGUGAUACUGUUUUUGAUUUGAAAGCACUUGAUUCUACUUAUCAGAUCCCAUUCCCUACUCCAAUCACAUAUGAGGCAGUUAUUAGACAUCAUUUGGAAAUUAGUGGUCCUGUUUCAAGACAAUUUUUCCUUUCAAUCGCAGCAUUUGCACCAGAUGAAGAAACAAAGACUAGAUUAACCACUGUUGCCAAUGAUAAACAAAAAUAUGCAGAAGAGAUUACUCACAAGAAAUUCAAUAUUGCUGAUGGAUUAUUGCAUCUUUCCAAUGGUAAACCAUGGACCAAGGUCCCAUUUGAAUUCUUGAUUGAAAAUGUCCAACAUUUCACUCCUCGUUAUUAUUCGAUUUCGUCUUCGUCAUUGAGCGAAAAGACCCAUAUUGAUAUUACCGCAGUUGUUGAAUCUGAAGCUGAAUCAGAUGGAAGAGUUGUUACUGGUGUUGUUACUAACUUAUUGAAAAAUAUUGAAAUUAACAAGAAUUCAUCUUCAGAUAAACCAAUUGUUAGUUAUGAUUUGAAAGGUCCACGAAAUAAAUUUCAAAAUUAUAAAUUACCAAUACAUGUUAGAAGAUCAACAUUUAAAUUACCUAGCAGUUCUAAAACACCAAUAAUUUUAGUUGGACCAGGAACAGGUGUUGCGCCAUUACGAGGAUUUGUUAGAGAAAGAGUUCAACAAUUGAAGAAUGGAGUUAAUGUUGGCUCAUCAUUGUUAUUUUAUGGAUGUAGAAAUGAAGAUGAAGAUUAUUUAUAUCGUGACGAAUGGCCACAAUAUGCUAAAGAAUUGGGUGAAUCAUUUGAAUUGAUUACUGCAUUUUCAAGAGCCAAUCCUAAUAAAAAAGUUUAUGUUCAAGAUAAGAUAUUGGAACAAGCGAAAAAGAUUAAUCAAUUGUUACAAGAUGGGGCUAUAAUUUAUGUUUGUGGAGAUGCUAGUCAUAUGGCAAGAGAUGUACAACUGUCAUUUGCUAAAGUAUUGAGUCAAGAAAGAGAUAUUGAAUUGGAAAAGGCUGCAGAAUUGAUUAGAAGCUUGAAGGUGCAAAAUAGAUAUCAAGAAGAUGUCUGGUAA